AUGAGCUUAGAUCGCCAAAAUGUUGCUCAGGAAAAGGAUUUGGAGGGUGCAGGAAAGCCUGCCUUGCAGAAUCUGUCCAAGUUUCCCUCUGGUCCAAACCCAAUCAAUCAGGAGCUGAUUAACGACCCACCCCGGUCACUUUGGGUCACUACUAGAAAGAACCUCGCUGAACCAGUGGUGGCCGCAUUCAUGGCUGGUGGAGUGGCUGGCGCAGUUUCCAGAACAAUAGUGUCACCACUUGAACGAUUGAAAAUUCUUCUUCAAAUUCAAAGUGUCGGUCGAACAGAAUACAGAUUGUCAAUCUGGAAAGCCUUGGUGAAGAUGGGGCGUGAAGAAGGCUGGCGGGGCUUCAUGCGAGGAAAUGGAACAAACUGUAUUCGCAUCAUCCCCUAUUCUGCAGUACAGUUUGGGAGCUAUAAUUUUUACAAGAAGUUUGUAGAGUCUCCCGAUGGUGAGAUGACCCCGAUGCGUCGACUUAUUUGUGGAGGUGUUGCCGGCAUCACCUCGGUGACCAUCACCUAUCCUUUGGACAUUGUUCGAACCCGGCUUUCCAUUCAAUCCGCCUCAUUUGCCGAUCUUGGAGCAAGAGACCCAAACCAAAAACUGCCAGGCAUGUUCACCACAAUGGCCAUGAUAUAUAAAAAUGAAGGUGGAGCAAAAGCUUUAUAUCGUGGAAUUGCUCCUACUGUUGCUGGAGUAGCCCCAUAUGUGGGACUCAAUUUUAUGACAUACGAAUCGGUGCGCAAGUAUCUGACGCCGGAAGGGGACAAAAACCCUAGCUCCUAUCGAAAACUACUGGCUGGCGCGAUAUCUGGAGCAGUCGCCCAGACCUGUACCUAUCCUUUUGAUGUGCUACGUCGGCGAUUCCAGAUCAACACCAUGUCGGGAAUGGGUUACCAGUACGCCUCGAUCUGGGAUGCUGUGAGGAUCAUUGUGGCAGAAGAGGGACUACGUGGACUAUUCAAAGGGAUAGGGCCAAAUCUUCUGAAAGUCGCUCCUAUCAAGUCUAGCGUAGGGCUAAACCCACACAACACUGUCCAGCCGAAAGUCAAGGAUCAAAAACCUCCUGCACUUUCCAUACGGGUGCGACAGCAAGCUAUUUCCCGGGAAGUCGACCAAUACACAGCCAUGGGUAUCGACCUGGACCGCCACCAUGUGCGGAGCAGCCACCGCAAGGCUCCCAAGAGCGACAACGUCUACUUGAAGGUUCUGGUGAAGCUCUACCGCUUCUUGGCUCGUAUGACCCCCGAUUCCGAAUUUCGUCUGCAGCGCAAUUUCUACAGGUGCCGCACCGAGUCCAACUUCAACAAGGCCGUCCUCCGCCGUCUCUUCAUGUCGAGAAUCAACCGCCCCCCGGUUUCCCUUUCUCGCGCUGUCUCCAACAUCAGUGAGGCACAGAAGGGCAAGACCGUCGUCGUUGUCGGCACUGUCACCGACGACAACCGCCUUUUGACCGUCCCCAAGCUGUCGAUCGCUGCCCUCCGUUUCACCGCCACCGCUCGCGCUCGCAUUGAGAAGGCCGGUGGUGAGACUUUGACUCUGGACCAGCUUGCUCUCCGCGCUCCUACCGGUGCCAACACCCUCCUCCUGCGCGGACCCAAGAACGCUCGUGAGGCCGUGAAGCACUUCGGCUUCGGUCCUCACACCGACAAGAAGCCGUACGUGGGUAGCAAGGGCCGCAAGUUCGAGCGGGCUCGUGGUCGCAGACGGUCCAAGGGUUUCAAGGUUUAA